AUGGAAAAAGAGUCAUUUCACUUGAGCUAUAUGAUACUCUUGCUUACUCUUGUUGCUUCACACUCUCAUGCUUCAACCCAACCACUUUGUCAUGAAGACGAAAGAUCUGCAUUGUUGGAGUUCAAGGCAACCACCUUCAUCAGAAACCGUCCGUGCUGUUAUGACCCCACUCCAGUUGAACAAGCAAAGACUGAAUCCUGGAGCACAUCGAUAGGGCAAACUAAGAGCAACUGCUGUUCUUGGGCUGGUGUCGAGUGUGAUAAGGUAAGCGGUCAUGUGAUCGGCCUAGACCUCAGUUGCAGUUGUCUCUCCGGUAAAAUCAACUCCGCCACCAGUAUUUUCCGCCUUCUUCGCCUUAGAAGCCUUAGCCUUGCCUGGAAUGACUUCAGUUGUCAGAUUCCUCCGGUCAUUGGAAAUCUUGGUUCCUUGAGUCACUUGGACUUGUCCGGUUCCAACUUUAUUGGCCCUAUCCCGCACUCGCUCGGUAACUUGACCCAACUCGCCCAUCUAGACCUCUCAUAUAAUUUGUUGAUAGGCACAACACUGCCCAUCGGAAACCUGACUCUACUUAAUCACUUGGACUUGAGUCAUAACUACUUAAAUGGAACGAUUCCAUCUUCUUUUGGCAACAUCCGGGAACUGGAGCAUUUGAGUCUACUAUACAACCAAUUUGAAGGUGAAAUCCCGUCUUCUUUUGGACGUCUUGGUCACUUGAAGCAUUUAGAUCUAGGCCUUAAUUCUUUAACGGGCGAAGUUCCCUCUUUCUUGGGAAAUCUUGUCAAGUAUUUAAAUCUACGGGACAAUAUGUUGAUAGGCCAAAUUCCGUCCUCUCUUGGGAACCUCACCCAACUUACCUUUUUAGAUUUAAGGAUUAAUCGGUUAACAGGCGAAAUCCCGUCUUUCAUUGGAAAUCUAGUUCGACUUACUGAUAUAGAUCUUGGCUACAACCUGUUAGCGGGCGGGAUUCCACUCUCUUUCCAAAACCUCCUGGAGCUCGGGGUCUUCAGGCUCAGGUCGAAUCAAUUGAGUGGUGAAAUCCCAUCCUGGUUGGGAAGACUUACCCAGCUAGUUGACGUUGACCUUUCAUUUAACCAAUUCCAUGGUGCAAUUCCAAGCACGAUUUCUCAAUUACGGAAUCUCAACAGUCUAUAUUUGAAUUCAAAUAACUUGAGUGGCACAGUAAAUUUAGAUACGCUUUCAGAGGCUAAAAACCUUGGUGAACUUGUGUUGUCCUCUAACAAACUGUCGUUGACUGUCGGAACCAACAUAACUCACCGGUACGUUUCUCUAGGUUUAGGUUCAUGCAACUUGAAUGGUUUCCCUGAGUUUCUACGAGAUCAAGAUGACUUGUUACUGCUGGAUCUAUCCUACAAUAACAUCUCUGGUCAAGUUCCCGAAUGGUUUUUGGAUGUGAGCAUAGAAAACCUACUUCAGCUGAACCUUUCUGGCAACUUCCUAACGAGUUUGGCUCAAGAUCCUGUUAUUUUCAAGUGGAAAGAACUCUAUGUGGCAGAUCUCAGGUUCAACGAGCUGCAAGGAUCAGUUCCCAUUCCCCCUCCUAAAAUCGGGUACUACUUCAUCUCAAAUAACAGGCUCUCUGGAGGAAUAUCGCCACUCAUGUGCAAUUUAAGCUCUAUACGGAUGAUCGAUUUGUCUUAUAAUAACAUGGCUGGGUUUCUUCCACAAUGUUUGAGUAAUUUGAGUGGUACUUUGGAAGUAAUGAGUCUACAUAGGAACAACUUUAUCGGGAAUAUUCCUCAGUUGAAUGGGAACGUAUGUGCGCUUACUAUGAUCGAUCUGAGUUACAAUCAAUUGCGCGGGCCAUUGCCAAGAUCGCUCCAAACCUGCAAGGCCUUGGAAUUCCUCAAUUUCGGAAACAAUCAGAUUAGGGAUAUUUUCCUGUCAUGGUUGGGCUCACUUCUUAGCUUGAAGGUACUUAUAUUGCAGUCUAACAGAUUUCACGGACUUAUUGGGGAACCGGGUGAUGGGAUUGAGUUCCCUACGCUGGAAAUCAUCGACUUGUCCCACAAUAUGUUUUUCGGUAGCCUGCCAUCCGGAUACUUCAAGCAUUGGACUGCCAUGAGAGUUUCUGAGACAUAUCCGUCGAGCUACAUUGGGGAUCGUAUUCUGCCAAAAUGGACUUUCUUGUCGGACCCAACCUUUUACUACACUAUGAGCGUCAUUGCCAAAGGCAUCCAAACGAAUUACUCAAAGAUCCAAGAGUACCUCACAUUAAUUGAUCUCUCGAGCAACAGCUUCAGCGGAGCGAUCCCCGAGACCAUCGGAAGCCUAAAGCAACUAGAAUUGCUCAACCUUUCUAGCAACAUGCUUUCCGGUCUCCUGCCUCCAUUCUUAGCGAACCUGGCGAAUUUGGAAGCAUUGGACCUUUCUCGAAACCGGCUCUCCGGAGAGAUCCCUCAGGAGUUGUUGCAACUCACUUCGCUUGAGGUUUUCGACGUAUCUUAUAACCGUCUGACCGGACCAAUACCGCAGUCACAGCAGUUUGCCACAUUCGAAAACAACUCCUACAAGGGAAACUCAUGGCUAUGUGGCACCCCUCUGUCUCGAAAAUGCAGAGAUCUCAAAGCGUCACCGCCAUCGUCUCCGGCGUCCGAAGAUGUUCAAGAUUCCGGGAGUUCAAUGGAAUUAGACUGGAAGAUCGUGUGCAUGGGGUAUGCAAGUGGAUUAGUGAUUGGAGUGGUUCUCGGGAACAGCUUGGUCACGAGAAGGAGGGCUCAGAGACUUGUGAAGAACUUUAGUAGAAGAAAACAAAGGGGAAGAAGGUAG